AUGCCUCGGAAGCAGCAGGCUGGCUGCAUCCUCCUGACAUUCCUGGGUCUGGCUGGGCUGGUUGGCACAGUUACCAGAACAUACCACAUUGGCAUUGUGGAAGAAUAUUGGAACUAUGUACCCCAAGGGAAGAAUGUUAUUACUGGGAAAAGUUUCACAGAAGACAAACUUGCAACCUUAUUUCUCGAAAGAGGACCCAACAGGAUAGGUGGCAUUUACAAAAAGGCUGUUUACAAACACUUCACAGACGAGACCUAUUCCACAGAGAUCUCCAAACCUUCCUGGCUGGGAUUCCUGGGGCCCAUCUUGAGGGCUGAAGUGGGCGAUGUGAUUGUCAUUCAUUUAAAGAACUUUGCGUCUCGACCUUAUUCUUUGCACCCACAUGGCGUUUUUUAUAACAAAGAUUCAGAAGGAGCCUUAUACCCAGAUGGAACAUCUGGAAGGAAUAAAGAUGAUGACAUGGUUCCUCCCGGCAAAAACUACACCUACGUCUGGCCAGUGAAAGAAGAGUACGCACCUGCUGAAGCGGACGCCAACUGCCUGACCUGGGUGUACCACUCGCACAUCGAUGCCCCCAAGGACAUCUGUGCUGGGCUGAUCGGUCCCCUGCUGGUGUGCAAGGAAGGUGUCCUAAACAGAUAUUCAGCUACCAGAACUGAUGUGGAUCGAGAGUUCAUUAUAAUGUUUACUCUUGUGGACGAGAAUCAAAGCUGGUACCUUGAUGAAAAUAUCAAUCAUUUCUGCACUGACCCCAAUUCUGUUGACAAAAAAGAUGCUGUUUUCCAAAGGAGUAACAAAAUGCAUGCCCUCAAUGGAUACCUCUUUGGAAACUUCCCUGAGCCCGAUAUGUGUGUUGGAGAAUCUGUGUCCUGGCACCUUUUUGGAAUGGGGAACGAGAUAGACAUCCACUCCAUCUAUUUUUAUGGUAACACCUUCAUCAGCAGGGGGCAUCGGACUGAUGUUGUCAACCUGUUCCCUGCCACCUUCCUCACAGUAGAAAUGGAAGUCAAGAAUCCCGGGAAGUGGAUGAUAACCUGCCAAGUGAGCGACCACCUACAAGCUGGUAUGCUGGGCCAAUACAAUGUCAAUAACUGCAAAAGUGAUAUUUUUAAUCCUAAAAUGAAGGGUCAACUAAGGCGCUACUUUAUAGCAGCUGAAAAAGUUCUUUGGGAUUAUGGUCCUCAAGGCUAUGACAAGUUCAGCGGUCAUCCCCUAAAUGCCUCUGGCAGUGAUUCGGAGCUCUACUUCACACAAGGAGACAAUAGAAUAGGAGGAAAAUACUGGAAAGCUCGAUAUACUGAGUUUGUUGACGUGACUUUUACCCAAAGAAAGAGACUGUCUGCUGCAGAAGUCCAUCUUGGAAUUCUUGGUCCAGUCAUCAAGGCAGAGGUGGGUGAUACCUUGUUAGUGACCUUUGCCAACAAAGCUGACCAAGCCUACAGCAUUUUGCCCCAUGGUGUGAUCUAUGACAAGGCAUCCGAUGCAGCCCCAAACAUAGAUGGAUUUCAGAAACCUGGGGCGCAUGUUAAACCAGGUGAAACCUUCACAUACAGGUGGACAGUGCCUGAAAGCGUGAGCCCUACGGCUGAUGACCCUCCCUGUCUGACCUAUCUUUACUUCUCAGCAGUUGACCCAAUCAAAGACACAAACUCUGGCCUGGUAGGGCCUUUGCUAGUCUGUAAAAAGGGUGUUCUCAAUGCUGAUGGGACACAGAAAGGAAUAGACAAGGAGUUUUACCUAUUGUUCACAGUCUUUGAUGAGAAUCUGAGCAGGUAUCUUGAUGAAAACAUUCAGAAGUUUACCUGGCGUCCUGUCAGUGUUGACAAAGAAGAUAAAGAGUUUGUGAAGUCCAACCGAAUGCACGCUGUCAAUGGCUACAUGUACGGCAACCAGCCAGGCCUGAACAUGUGCAAAAAGGAUAGAGUUUCUUGGCAUAUGAUUGGAUUGGGUACUGACACCGACAUGCAUGGAAUUUCCUUUCAAGGGAACACCAUCCACCUCCGAGGGACUCACCGAGACUCCCUCACCCUGUUUCCCCACAUGGCCACGACAGCAUUCAUGCAACCAGAUCGUGCAGGUACCUUCAGGGUGCUCUGCGCCACCAUGUACCACCUCUUGAGAGGCAUGGGCCAGAUAUAUGAGGUCAGCGGCUGUGGCAACAAGGACCCUUUUGAGCAGCCGUACCGGAUGAUAAGAACGUUUUACAUCGCUGCUGAAGAGGUAGAAUGGGAUUAUGCCCCUAACAAAAACUGGGAGUUCGAAAAGCUGCCCUUGGACGCGAGAGGGGAAAGACAUGGAGAUAUAUUUAUGAACCACACUGAAAAUUGGAUUGGCUCUCAGUACAAGAAGGUGGUUUACAGGGAAUACACCGAUGGAGAAUUUGUGGAGAUCAAAGCCCGGCCACCACGAGAAGAGCACUUAGAACUCCUGGGCCCAAUGAUUCAUGCCGAGGUGGGUGACUCAAUCCUGAUUAUAUUUAAGAACAAAGCCACGCGGCCCUACUCCAUCUCCGCCCAGGGUGUAGAGGAGACGGAUAUGGGAAAGGAAUACCAAGUGCCCGUGACAAAUCCAGGAGAAAUAAAAACUUACAGAUGGAAUAUCCCUAAAAGGUCCGGUCCAGGGCCCUCUGAUCCCAGCUGUAUUCCCUGGGUUUACUAUUCCAAAGUUAACUUUGUGAAGGAUACAUACAGCGGUUUGAUGGGUCCUCUGAUUGUAUGUCGAGAAGGAAUAUUGAAUGAAAGGGGCAGAAGAAGUGAUGUUGAUUAUGAAUUUGCUCUCUUGUUUUUGGUAUUUAACGAGAAUGAAUCCUGGUAUCUGGAUGACAACAUUAAGAAGUAUCUCAAUAAGGAUCCACAAAGUUUUAAGCCCUCUGAUGAUUUUGAGGAGAGCAACAGAAUGCACGCUAUUAAUGGAAAGAUUUUUGGGAAUCUCCAAGGCCUCAUAAUGAAUGAAAAUACCAUGACCAACUGGUAUUUGUUAGGGAUAGGAAGCGAAGUGGACAUCCAUACCAUCCAUUACCAUGCUGAGAGCUUUCUUUUCAAAAUGGAUAAAUCAUACCGAGAAGAUGUGUAUGAUCUCUUUCCCAUGACAUUCCAAACCAUCGAACUGUUUGCAGAUCACCCAGGGACCUGGUUGCUGCACUGUCACGUGUCUGACCACAUCCAUGCUGGCAUGGAGACCACCUACACGGUCCUCCGGGACAUAGACAACAGGACUCCCUACUCCAGUCUGUCUCCUUCCAGAGGGCCGUCCUACCCGGCCACAGUGCCUUCUGAUGAACAACCCAGCAAGGAGAACCUCUAUUUCUUUGGCAAGAGUCUGGGUCCGAGAGGAGCCAAGGCAGCCUUGGUCAUCCUUUUCAUCACUGGACUCCUCCUCCUGAUCACCACCGUGAUUCUCUCCCUCAGACUCCGCUCUGCGAGGAAGCAGAUGGUUUACCAGGAGGUCCAGUCCUGUGCACUCCCCACAGAUGCUCUGUGA